AUGGCUGCAAGAAGUCUAGAAGUUCUGGAAGCACUCGCAGAGGAGUCCGGAAGUUUCAGCGAAGUCGACCGACUCUGGCAGACCAACACUUUGCAUCGCUUGUUCUGGAAUAGAAAUCCCGGAAAUGGCGACAGUUCUCAGGCCGAAACCCUGCGACUGAACAUAUCUUUUCUCGUGCAGUGCGAGCAUGUCAAUGUACAAUCCCAAGACGGAAUCGGGAAUACCGCUCUCCACCUGGCUGCAAAGUAUUGCCUUCGCCACACAAAUGUCGACACUCUGCUCCACCGCGGCGGACGAGCGCUAGCGAAUCAUGCUUCACGCGGUGGGAAGACACCUUUGCACUGGACAGCCCAGAGACACGAUCUUUAUGACUAUUACCGCGACGAAAUUCACGGCGAGACGAUUGUGCGCGGGGAGGAUGGACUGCACCUAUUUCAAUUUGCGUAUACCACCUUCGACGGCGUCAACACCACGGCUCUAUCGUACAAAAAUAACACGGGCAUCGACGCAAGACAAAGUCCAUCUCAACGGGCUAUCACCGAAGGCAAUGAUGAGAGUGACCAUGACGACUGGAGAGAUGACACAGACUCGGAUGUGGAGAGCCCUACUUUCUUCUCCGCAACAAGCUCACGGCGGAAUACACUGCUGGAUGACGGAUGA